GUCCCUACCAUGCAGUGGAGACGCCCGCCAAGGACGCAGGUGGGAGCGGAGACAAGACGUGCGGCAAGGACACGGUGGGGAUGGGGAAUGACGGGGUCAGCGACGCCGGGGAGGGGUCUGAGCAGCAGCCGCUGUUACCUGCUCAGGGCCAGGAGCAGAGCGAGACACAGAAGCAGGACGGGGUGGAGGACACAGAUUCUGCUGGAUCCGAACUGAGCGAGUGCCAGGAACGGGGAGAAGCCGUCGCUGCUGCUCCAGGUCCUGGGGCCACUGCACCGAACAGGGACAGCUCAGCCAACGCCGAGGCAGGCCCAGCCGGGCCGGGGAUGGAAGGAGCUUCGGCAGAGCUGGCUGGGCAGCAGGGGAGAGACGCUGCCCCCAGCAUCACUGCAGUGGGGACGGGGGAGACAGCCCCAAACAUGGUGCCAGCUACUGCACAGGAGGAAGAUGUCCAGGGAGAGACAGGAGACAAAGGUCUGCGGCCCCCGGAGGUGUCGGAAAUCUCCCAACCCCAGUCAGUGACGGCGGGGGAGGAAAUCACCCUGAGCUGCCGCAUGACGGGGCAUUUCCCCGCGGAUCUGAGUGUGACCUGGCUCAGGAGGGACAGAGGGGCCGGGGCUGCUGUUCCCCUGCAGGACUCUGAUCAGUACAAAAUCGAGUCCGGAGUUCCCUACACACAGGACUGGAAAAGCUUCCAGCAGGAGACGAGACUCAGCUUCACCCCCUCGGUGCAGACAGACCAGGGGGCAGAGUUCAUCUGCCGCGUGCGACACAAAGCCCUGCAGGCCUGCCUGGAGAGACGCAGCGGGGAGCUGCAGAUAGCAGGACGCACAGAUUCUGCAGCAACCAAACCAUCCGAGUCUGAGAAAAGGAGAAUGAGAAGAGGAGCCCGCAGGUAGAAGAGAGUUGGCGGCUGUGACCGGCCCACUGGUGGAGGAGGGGGCAGGUGACACGGCACCAAAAAGCAACGCAGGGGAAGAUGGUGGGGCUGAGACCAAGUCAGAGAGUGACACAUGCAGAGACACCACGAUGACACAGAAUGACACGGCCAGAGCCACACCAGCAAAGGGACGGAUGGGGAUGCUGCAGCCAGCGCCACACCAGCAAAGAAACCAGGAGACAAGGAGGGCGUAACCAGCAACGCAUCAGAAAAGGAGCAGGCGGGAGACAACACAGCCGACGAGGGCACAACCAGUGAUGUGGGGUCCCUGCCCUGGGCUGGAGCUGGCCACAGUAACUGAGACUCCCUGGACUUGCUGGUCUGGGGGCUGCUCGCUCGGGGGCUGGGCAGGGGGAGAACGGGGCUCUGGGCUGCACCUCCUGGCAGCCGUCUCUGUCACACUGCCCCAGUCUGGCCCUGGGGCUUGUGCUCAGGUGAAUAAAGUAGGCACUCAG